CAAAGGAAAAAACAGCUUCUAAAGCAAGCUACCACUGCUUAUUUUAAUUCUAAAGAAUCAUUAACUUGCUCUUAGAAAAUUCAGCUCAGUGAUUAAAGUAUCCAGCACAAUAACUAAAGCUGUUAGCAGAACUAAAACAUUUUAAAACUCAUGAGUUGAUAUGUUAUGAUCACUUUAAAUUCCCAUUCAGUUUUUUUAUUAUAGUUACCAGUAUUUAAAACAAGGGGUACUGUUAUUUUUCCAAUGAUGCACUGGGAGAUGGCGUAAAUUCCACUUAAGCCCUUACAAUCAUGCAAGUUGGAGACUGUUGACAUGAUGUCACGACACAGGUAACGUACACUGCGGUUGUCCUUCAAACAGGGUUUGUUACCUACUGUGCAAAAAAAACAAUCUUACAGAGUCCAGAUAACUGUUUAUUCCAUGUUUGUACAAAACCAGGUUCUAGGUGGUAAUUCCACACAGCUAGCACAUUACACAAAUGAACUACACCCUGUUUAUCUUGUUAAAUGAUUAGCAAAAACCUAUCUAAGUUUACACUCAUUGGUCUGUAAUUACCAUUGCAUCUGCUCUCGGUUAGUUAUAUUUAAAUUAGCCUUGCUUGCUGUGUAAAUCAGCACACACAUGAUCCUUACGGGUGUUGGGGUAAAGUUUUUCAGUCUUGAAUGGAGUCAGUUGUCACAAUCCCCCCCUGCCGCUUUUACCUCUCUCACAGUUACCACAGGUUUUUGCUGACUUCAUGGUUCUUGGGCAAUCAUCCAGUCCCUGGCACCUUCUGGGGCUGGAUGUUCCCCUCUUAUUAGUCUCUCAACUCCUCUUCAAUGGUAUAAUCAUUAGGAAGGCCUGCAUCUGAUCAGGCUUACACAAGAGUCAAUGAGAUUAGUGGUCCUUGUACUUGAUAAGAAACAUUUGUAUGGCCUACACUCCCAUCAGCAAGAAAAAACUGCAUCCUUUAAUCAUUUAUUUCUCAACAUCCAUGCUCAGCCUUCUGAAAUACUGUGAUUCAAAAAUUACAGUGCCCUUGAGUAAUAGGAUAGUACAUGCAAGCAGCACAGGUACAACAUAGCACAAUCCCUGUUAUUUUAAAUGUUGUCAAUUGUGUGUUACACAAACUUGGAAAAGGCACAGGGUGGGGAGAGUGGCACACAAAAACUCUGAAAUCUCAAGUAUGAUGUCGAAAAAAAAAAGCGUCUUUCAGAGCCUACACUUUAGAGAGUCACCAGCUAUGGUCUGACCAUACUAAUAGUUUACGCAGAACACCCAUUAAGGGCGAUCUGGUGAGGAACCACCUGUCUGGUGUGGACUUCUGGGUGAACAGAUGUUGAAAUUACAAGCAAAUCAAACGUAAAAAGACAAAUUAAUGUAUAUUAAUAUACCAGUACCGCCUUGAUUUCCCAAAGCUUUUCUUAGACUAACAGCACACUUUUACUAUCUUCUGGCCUGUGUAAUUAUUCCAUCUUCCCUGCUAACUCAUCUCCCUUGACAUGACAUCUCACUUUUCUCACAAGUACUCGCAUCUCCUAUUGCUACUUGGCCUUGCCUUCUACUAGAUUGGUGAAGCAAAGCUAAAAAGGUUUGCUUUCUAUACCUAGAAGCUUCCCGCCUGGAAGACAAAAUGGCCGGUUGCCCUUUGACCUGUCCAGCCAGUUGGCACAACUGGCAUCAGCACCCGGGCAACGGUGGCCGAUUCCCACCAGCGGCAGCUCGCUGCUCCUCCCUCGCCGCGGCCCCGCCCGCCUCCGCCGUCCCCUCGGCCCCGGGAGGAGGACGGCACCGAAGGCCGAAGGCCGGCGGCCGCUGCAAAGCCCGGCCGCUGCAGUACUGCCGAGCGCCAGGGCGGAUCUCCCGGCCGGCCGGCCGCGGCUCACCGCACGUCCCCCGCCACCACCCGCGCAGCCCCGGGACGCGCCCCCCGCAGCUGCGGAAGAGCAGCACCGCCCCAACCGCUCCCGCUUAGUUGACAAAAUGGCAGACUCUGAAAAGAACCUCCAUAAGGACAUCAUUUCUCAGCUGCAUAAUUUUGCUGCUGUUGGAGAUGCAGACAAGAUAAAAGCAUUGCUCAGUCAUUCUCCAUCACUUAUCAAUGCAGCUGCAGAUAACGGCUGGACAGCCCUGAUGUAUGGUGCCAGAAAUGGACACCUUGAGGUUGUCCAGAUUCUUCUUGAAAAAGGAUGUGACAGGUCCAUCAUCAAUAAAUCAAGGCAGACAGCUCUGGACAUCGCUAAAUUUUGGGGGUACAAGCACAUAGCUGAUUUGUUGGCUAAUGUGAAGGGUGGGCAUAUGCCUAAUUUUCUGUCAAAUGAAGUGAAAAAAUAUGAAAAUUAUUUUGGCUUGACACUUCUGGACAGAAGGAGUGAUAAAAGAACAGAUUCCAGGUGGCUAAGCAAAAAACAAAGCCAUCCAACUACAGUAUACAUCCUCUUCUCAAAUCUAAGUCCUUUGGUUACUUUGGAUGGGCGAAAAGAGAGCUCCCAGGAGCCACAGGUAAAGCUUUGCAGGCUGUACCACAAGGAUGUAGAGCAGUACAUGAACCAAACUGAAGAAGGCACCUUGAUUUUUCUUGGAAUUGAACUUCAGUUCCAGAUAGACUUGCUGGCUGCUUGCAAUGGAAGAGUUCUGCAAGAAGAUGAAGAGGAUGAGUUAGUUGCUUGGUUUGCUCUUAGCAUAGAUUCUGCUUCUGCUGAGAAAUUUAAACAGAAGCAUGAGAACUGUUACUUUCUUCACCCACCAACACCAGCGCUACUGCAGCUACCAGAAAAAGAAGCUGGAGUAGUAGCCCAGGCUAGAUCUGUUCUAGCAUGGCACAGCCGCUACCGUUUCUGCCCAACAUGUGGGAGUGCAACCAAGAUUGAAGAAGGGGGUUACAAGAAAACUUGCUUAAAAGAAGAUUGUCCCAGUCUCCAAGGUGUUCACAAUACAUCGUAUCCAAGAGUUGAUCCUGUUGUGAUAAUGCAAGUCAUCCAUCCAGAUGGGAACCACUGCCUUUUAGGUAGGCAGAAGAGGUUUCCCCCAGGAAUGUUUACCUGUCUUGCUGGAUUUGUAGAACCUGGUGAAACAAUAGAAGAUGCUGUUAGAAGGGAAGUAGAAGAAGAGGCUGGAGUCAAAGUUGGCCAUGUUCAGUAUGUCUCUUGUCAGCCAUGGCCAAUGCCCUCCUCCCUAAUGAUUGGCUGCUUAGCUGUUGCAAUGUCUACAGAAAUUAAAGUUGACAAGAAUGAAAUAGAGGAAGCCCAUUGGUUCAGUAGAGAAGAGGUCGUGGAAGUUCUCAUUAAAGGAAACCAGCAUUCUUUCUUCUUACCACCAAGUCAAGCUAUUGCGCACCAGUUGAUAAAACAUUGGAUUGGAAUGAACGCUAAUCUUUAAUUCAAAUAAUUGAUUUCUUUAAGUUAAAUUACUACUUACAGUGAAUACUAAAGCGGGAAUAAAUUAGAAGGAGCUGUUCAUUUAGUAAAUAUGCAACCGCAUGAAGUUUUGAGUCUUUCCUUUGGUUUCUGAGCUAAACAAUGCACACCUUUGUAAGUUUUUUCAGAUCUAAGUUAGAACUGGACCGGUGAUUAUCCCAAGCAAUCAAGCAGCAAAUAGGUAAAAUUGGUACCUUGUCAUGCAAAGGCUGCUUUUGUAUUUCAGAAUCAAAUUAUUAUGCUUUUUACUAUUAAGCUUUUAAUGUUUGAUUUGAUCUUUCCUGUCCCCUACUGGAAGGAGUCACAGCAUUACAAAAGAGGCCUGACCUUGCCUACUGUUUGAACUCUGUUCAUACUUCCUCCUAUUUUAUCUGAAUUGUUUCUUUCUCAUUUUUUCCUAUCUCCAGUCUUUAAAUUCUGCCUGGCACAGUGCUGAAAGUCCUAUCACCAGUGGUUAUUUUUAAGCUAAUAGCAUACUUAAAUGGUGAAUAUGUAGUACUCUGUAUCUUUUACAUUAAUACUCUAAGCAGAGUAUUUACUCAUCCAGUCUGAUUUGGCCUGCACUUACCCAAUUGUACAUCAGCCUGAAUUUAAAGGUAUAACACCAUAGUUUGCUUAUGAAAAAGGUAUUGGAGAACCAUCACCCAGAACCUAAAUAUUAAAUAUUUUUGUGAGUUACUUCAUUUUCCAAUAGUUAGAUAUAGAACUGUAGAGUAAUGGAGGAGAAAGGUAGAUUAAUUAAAGCAGACAUAGUAUCUCAAAAUUUGUACCAAGUUCUUCUAAGAAUUUUACAUUAACCCCAGCUGUAAGACUUGAAAAGCAAUACAGGAAUUAAAAUACUUACUUAUGUAUAUUUAAUGCUACAGUUUGGAUUUGUGCCUUAAUUUGUUGCAUUAUUGAAAAGAAUGUUAACUUCGUAUUCUUUCAAAAUGGAAGGUUAUAGAAGUAUACUGUUUUUAUAAUUAUUGUAAUUAUGUAAUGGUUCAGUAGUCUGUGAUUACGCAGUCAUUGCAGUAAUAUAAAAAGGAAUGCAGAUGACCCAAAGGAAAUACAAUGAUAGUUAUAAAUAUUAACUUAUUAUCAUAUAGUGAUUUGUUUAUUCAUAGUAAUUUGAAUAUUUUGAAUCAGUGAAUGAUGUUGGAUUUAUUUCAAAAUUAUCUGCAAACUGGAAUUAGUAAAAAUGCUUUACAAAUCCUAAUAGUUCUAUUUUUUUUUUCCAUCCAGUAUCAUACUAUGCUCAACAGCUUAUUUUUUUUUAAGGCAGUGCAUAUCAAAAUUGAAAGCAAGAAACAAUUCUGACAGACAUGGAACUGCUGACAAAUCAUUACAUUGCUUCAUUUUCUCCCUUGUUUCAGCUAUACCUACAAAUGAAGACAAUCAGGUUAUCUACUGAGCCAUCUGUAAAUGAGAAAGAAGCAAUACACUUCCUUAAAAAUUGCUUUUACAGAGAAGGGGAAAUAUGAAAAUCUGUCAUGAACUACAGUUACCAGCAGGACCAUGCGUUAUCAGUGGAAUUAAAUGUUUAAAAAAAUUGUGGGACAGAAGGAAGCCUAGUUGGUGGUUGUUCAUACAAGUAAAGGAGAACAUCAGACAGUGUGCAGUGGUGGAAGCUAAGCAAUGGAAGGAAUUUUUAACUAGUAUUAGAGUGAUUACACGUUAAGAAAGAUGAACAAGGAAGGAACGAGGAACAGAGGAAAGAAGGAGGAUAAAGCAAAGAGCAAAUAUAGGUAGCAUAAAGGUAAAUAAUAUGUCACACUGGAGUAACUAAAAAUACAUGUAUAAGACGCAUCCUAAUAUUCACUUUUCAUGUAGGAACUUAUGGAAGGUUGCUACAGAGCUGUGUUUGUAACUGUGAAACUCAGAAGAAAGUAUCCAUAAACAAUACUGAUACUCAGAAUCAGACUAUUUUUUUAGUUGAGAAUAUGUAUAAAUAAUAUAUAUCUGCAAUUACAAUGCUAAUAAAUAAUCUUUAAAAUUUAAUUUUACUGCAUGAAAAAAGCAGAAAAAGAAUAGUUUGAAAAACAAAACAAUGCUUCAAUAAUAUCUCAGUUUAAGAGUAACAUUUUAAUGAUCUUUAAGUUUUAAUACCUUCUGGUCUUGCAACAAUUUUUAAUACAGAUGUAUUUUCAAAAGCUAAACCAACAGUCCUUUUUAAGCCUUCUUUUCUUCUUUCCCUCCUCAACAGAUGAACCAUUCACAGAGAAGAUGACAAAUAUCACUUAAGAAAACUAAUUUGAUAAUUUUAAUCUCUUAUUUAAAGUGAAACUUUUCCUGGCUUUUUGUUGGUUAAUUUUACUUGUUUGUAGGUCAUAGGAUUGAGUUUUAGUUUGAAAAUAUUUAUGCAUAGAAAUUUUCUAAAGGGUAGUUACUGUUUACAGAUUACAUAUAAAAUACUUAACUGAAGAGCUGAAUGCUGUAGUUAUUUAGCAACUAGAGCAAUUUAGGAAAGUGCCAAAUUAAAUUCAGCAAUAAUUAAAUGCAGGGUGUAACGGUUCUGACUGGAAUAUGGUCAGGGCAAGACCUCCAUAAGAUUUGAGUCAUUUGCCUAUGCAAAAGGCUGCAGCUUUGCAAGCAAACUAUUUCUUGCCAGUAAGUUAUUGCAGUACAUUAAGAAAAUGGUAUUUCUUAAAGCACUAAAAAUACAGAGGUUUUGUUCAUGUUGUGUGACAAUGAUCUCGCUCUCUUCUCCCUUGCCUCUACAAUAGUACCAGAGCGAAAAAAUACUCCUUAUAUGCAGAUGUACAGGGCAGAAGAUUCUGGAGAUGCUGUUUCUCCCAAUUUGCCUGCACACUAAUGACAGUUAACUUCUAUUCAGUAUAUAAUUUGUAAAUAUUCUGUAUUUCAUCUAUUUUUGAAAAUAUAAUAAUUUACAAAUAAUAGAAAUAGUAAUUUGAUAAAGUGGAAAAAAAAUAGAUGGUGUUGAAACACAAAACAAAGUUGAUACCACUGUUAGCUGUUACUAAGGUGUAAAGUCAUGAUAUAAUGAUACCUCGUGUAAGAUCAUGUAAUUACAAUACAGAUCGUGAGAUUUUUACAAAAUUUGCAUUGGUCCCUGAAAGUACACCUCUUUUAUCUCAUUUUUCAUAUUGGAUAGGUGUAAACACAUGAAAGAUAAAGUCAUUCCAGUGAUAGCACGAACAUUAUAUUUUGUGUUUUGUAUAGGAAUAUUGCUAAACUGGUAAACAAUCAUCUGGAAUUCUACAACAGGUGAAGGAAAAAGAGGUGGAAGUCAAUGGGCUCAUUAAAGGUAGACCAGUCAUGAUGCUUCAUGGAAUUAGAUAUACUAAUCAGAUUCCGAGCUUA